CAGGAUGUGGGCGCUGUCCAUGCUGUACCGGUAUGAAAUCCCUCUUGCUGUGGCGGGGCUGGUGCUCGUCCGCUGGCUGCCUGCGCUGCUCUCUCCCCGCUCCUGCCCGACACCUCCUGCGCCCGCUCCGCUGCCCCGCCCCGCCAAGCUGCUGCUCCUCCUCUCCUCCCUCCACCGGCUCCAUCUCCUCCUCUUCCCCCCGUUCCAUCUCUUCACGCACCACAAUAUCCCCAUUCUCGCACACAACACGCUCCUUCGCGACGCCCUAGAGACGGACAACGGCCCGUCCCCGCUGGCCGACCUCUUGCUCGCCCGCCUCAAGGUGCUCGACAACCGGUACCUCUACGCCCGGCUGGGCCACCGCCCCCUGUUGGAGUGUCUGUGGUGCACCCGUCCGGCCGACUACUUUCUGUUCGCGCUCCCGUCCGUCCUCUGGCCGUACCUCUGUGAUGCGGUGGUGCUCGGCAUGUUGAGCUGGAGGGCUGUAGGGGGCGCAUGGGCGGGGCGACGCGCGGAGAGGUGGAGGGGUGUCAUGGCGUGGGUUCUGCUGGGCGCGGCUGUGGGAGAGAUUGGCGUCAAGUGGGGGUGGGACGUCGUCGCGGUGGAAGGGGAUUGUGUCCAUGUUGCGCCGGCGAUACAUACCGUCCGCUCUUUAUUCCUCCUCCUGCUUCCCAUCGUAUACGUCCUCCUUCCCCUCCCUGCCCCGCCGGCUCACAGACCGUCGCCAUCGACUAUCAUGCCGUACCUCGCGUCUCUCCAGUCUACGCUUCAUUACACGUCUGUCACGCGUACAGCCAUAUCGCACUCUUCACAACUACGUACAGCCGCACAGGCAGUCAGCAAGAGGGAUAGUGAGUACGCAGACAAGGUGAGGAAAGACGACGCGGUAUGGGCAAGCGCGAGAGAGGCGGGGGUGGAUGAGGAUGGGAUAAGGAGGCAGGUGCGGGUGAUGCUGAAGAAUGGGUGGGAGCGGUUGAUGCGGUUAGCAGAGUUGUGAAUGACGAGGACGGCAGGUAGAGGAGUUUUGGGAGUGAAGAGUUGUAUCGUUUUAUCAUCAUGUACAUUAU